UAAUGUAAUAAGUGGAACCAAUUAUAGCUAAGUUACGAAUUGCAGAUUUAGAUGAUUAUGAACCAUUAAAGAAAUUCUUACCUAAUGUAUACUUAUUUCUAUCUAUAUUUUAUAAAUAUAGCCAAAUAUCAAGUUAUCACACAUAGCCUUUGUAACAUUAUUGUUCUCAAUCCUAUGUACAUUGAUUGGAAUUGCACCAAGAGUCUUAACUGGCUUAGUUGGAGCCUUGAUCCCAUCCUUUUAAGCAAUAAAUAAAUAUUAAACAACAGGUAAAAUAUAAUUAAAACCUAAUUAGGCGAAAUUUACACAAGUCUUCCUUAUUUCAUAAUAUUUUCAACUUAUUUGACCUUUCAAGGAUGGAUAAUGUGGAUCUUUUCAUUCAUACCAUGUUUCGAUACCAUGUGUUUAUUAUUUGUGUUGGCUCUCCAUCACCCAGAUGUACAAUUAUCUAAUAAAAUUUGGAAUUUGUUGUAGAAAGUAUUAUGAG